CACCAAUAAUCCCACUGCAGCAGAUGAAAGGAUGGAAUGUUCCAUAUUUUAUCUUACAUUAUCAGCAGUUCCAGCUACAUUACAGUAUAUUCAUCGGUAAUUCACAUGUCCAGAACUAGCAAAAACUUUUUAGGACAUUGAUAAUACCAGUUGCUUAGCAACUGGGUAUCCGUUACUAAGCUGAACACCCUAUAACACAGGAUUGCGUCUGCACAAAUGAAAUACAUUAAGAACUGCCUGCAAGAUUCUCUGGGAAAUAUUGUGUGCACAAACGAAAUCUGUAUUGAAAAAUAAAGGUUGAAUAUUUCAGCUAGUUCUGAAAAAAUACGACCAUAGAGGCAUGACACAGAGAAAAUGAUACAGAGAGUGCUUUAAAUGGCGGCCAAGUUGUGCCUCGAUGUGCAGAGAAAAUCAGUGCGAACAGAACAGCCACCCGCUCGGUGAAGAAUCAGUAAACAAGAUAACGGACCAUUGCGCAAGGGUCAAACAGGUCACUGACGCAAACUUCAGAAUUUUGAAACGAAAUCCUUCGCAUCUGCUAAAGGAAAAGGCUAAAUUUAAAUAUUUAAAGACAUUAUUUCGUCUUUUCGGGAUUUUCUCUUGCUCAAGGGAUGAUAGUGGAAAAGACGUUGGAAAAUGUGUGUUGAUGCGAAAUGAUAUGCAGAAAGAUGAAUCUGUUUCUGUGGCUCAUUUUUUGCAGCCUCGUAAUUCAAGAGUCUCAUCAACAACUGGAAAAAAAGCAAUUCGUCAACUUAGGAGACGCAUUUGAUUUCGAAGGAAAUGGUGGAACAGAGGAAGGUUUCUCAAGAGCUCUCAAUGAUGCAUCAUUAGGAGGCGAACUUGGAGCCGAGGACAAUGCCAAUGCCCAAAUGCAUAUAUCUGAGAACAAUCAAGGAGGCAUAAGUUUGGGACAAGGGGGUGAUGACCUUGGGUCCCUAGGUUCUCUGUUAGGAGGCAAUAACUUGAAUCCAUUUCAGUCACUGUCUUCUUACAACGGUCUUGGAGGGGGAGACGACAGGGGAGACGACCUUGGGCUUGGGGCAGGGAAGGAAAGCGAGGGAUUCGAUAGUUUAGGGGGAAUAAAAAGUUUAUUAGGCACGGGAGACCAACUUGGAAAUUUUGGAGGCGGUGGAAAACCAGAAGGAGGAGACGAUUCGAACAGUUUGCUAGAAGCACUUGGGUUAACAGGAAACAAUGGAGAAAAAACUAGUGAAAGUUCAUUGGACAGUUUGCUUGGAGGAAACAAAGACCAAUCAUCUUUGAUGUCAAUUUUGAAGCUUGGAGAAGAAACUGGAAAAGCAAAAAGUGAAGGGCAUUCCUUGCUGGACGGAUUAAAUCUCGAUGAGGGUAACAACAACAACAACAUUGAAAAUUCCGCUAACCUUGCAGACACACUAAACACUGGCGGAAAUACGGAUUUAUUAGGGCUGAAUAAAAACGAUCUGGCGAGUUUACUUGGUAACGCAGGGGGUAAUAUGCAAGGGAAUUCGAAUGCUGGGGCCACAUCGAAAGGCGGCAAGCAAGAAACUGAAACAUCGGAUGGAUCACUAGGGUUGUUGCAAAGUCUCAUCAAUGGACAGGAGACUUCUGGAGGAGACAGGCAAGGAAUUGGUGAAUUUGGAGGCGGCGGCUUAUCAAAUGAACUGAGCCAAUUGGAUACGACUGAUGAAAAGCUCGAGAAGAUGUUGGAGGGCUUAGGGAAAGUGGAUUCUGGAGCAACCCAGUCUCCGAAUUAUGGCGAUGCAUCUGAAAUGGAUGCACAGCCUUCUGAAGCCGUGGACGAAAUGCCUUCAAUGGGUUACCAUGGUCACCAAAGUGGUAUGCAGUCGAUGCCAUCUCUGCUGGGAGGAGACCUCAGUGGGCUGGAUGGUCUGUCUGGGAUGAUGAAUGGAGGUGGAGGAAUGGGAGGACUGUUGCAAGGUAUGGGAGGGGGUCAAAUCAACCCCAUGCAUAUACAACCAGGUGUGACAGUGCAUGCGCACGCAAGCGACAAACCAGGCAGUUCGAGUCCCGUCUCGCCAGCAGAAGCAUCGAAGACGGCAAAACAAGCUCAGCGAGUUAACGAACAAGAGCAUCAGAAGAAGCUCAAAAGACUGAAAACGAGACUGCAAACUUUGAGGAAGAAACUUGAAGAACUGCAAGAAGAACAGUCAAAGAAGUCACACAGUGUAAAUUCACCGACUGGAAGAAGAAAGGAAGCAAUCAAGAAGCUGCUGAUUAAAAACCUUAAAUUGGCUGCAUUGAUAGCAUCAAAAGAAAUUCAGCUGGAGGAAGCAAAAGAAAGUGCUUUCACGGGGAAGAAAGAAUCGGAUGACCUCGGCCUUGUCGAUGUUCCCACGAAUAUGAAGGAAACGCCAAAGGAGCCUGAGAAUGAACUCGCAUUUUCGAAAACAAAAGCAAAGCCUUUGACAGAUCUGAGCAAAAAAGCGGAAGAAGAAGUAAACCAUUUGAUAAAGGCACAGGGAAACUCUAAAACGAGGAGAGACAAGUCAGCAACGGCAGCAAACGCAAGCAAGACAAUUGAAAGCAAAGUUCUGAGCAACGCAACCAUCAUCAAACAGAUAAACGCUACGUUGGCGAAGCUUAGCGCCGAGUCGCCAAACAACGUAACAGUUACGCCGAAGGCGUACAAAAAGUUAGUGCAACGAAUAACGCAACUAUCUCCGAAGAAGUCAGAGGCAGUUCAAGAAGCAGCAUUGAGCUCGUUGUACAAAGCGCUGAUGAAAACGAAGCCAACGAAAAAAGGAGGAAACGCAAAAAAGCUGGAAAUAAAGUAUGCUGAUAUGGGCUGUUUUAAAGACACUGACAAAAGAGUUUUGGCGAGCCUCGAGAGUUCAUUCAAAUCACCCUUGGAUAGGAACUACAAAACAAGAUUAAAUUCAUUGUACAAAUGCGCGAGAAUCGCAAAACUGAAAGGAUUUCCUGGAUUCGCAAUGGAAAACGGAGGACAAUGCUUUGGAGAACAAGACAUUUUGAAAAAAUAUAAAUCAUACGGAGCAAGUCCAAUGUGUGGAAACAAAGGGAAAGGCGGGGUUUGGUCACUAAAUGUGUACAAAUUUGUGUAAAUUAGAAUUAGCAGAAUGUAUUUGAAACAAAUCACACACAAUCAGUUUUGGUUUUAAAAAGCAAUAAACCGGUGAAGAAAAGUAGCUGCUUUUCUAAACAGAAAAGCGAAAAAAGAAUGUAUUUACAAAUAAAAGCAAUGGGCAGUGAAGUUAGAUUGCAAAAGUUGAUCGGUAACUCUACGUGAGUAGACGGAUAUUAGUCUGUGUCUGUGGGCAGAAAUAUAAUGAAAUAUAAAACACUCUAGUAAGGGUAUAAUACACAGAGUUAGUUAGUUGCUAGCUUCUUAAGAUUAACAAAAAACUCCUUGAGAGAGUAAGCAAAAACAAACAAAUGAACUUCAAGGGCGACAUAAAAACGAAAUUUCAGUCGCAUUGAAAUCGUUAUUUCUGUUUGUGUUUGAUUUCGACAACAAAAUUGCGACACAUUCGAUCUAACAAGAAAAUAGCAAAAUCAUAAGACGUCAAAGUAUGUUAGAAAAUGAUUUGACAACUUUGCAUUAGAUACUUAGACUUUUAUAUUUGAUGACAAAAAAUAAUUUUACUGUUCUUAGAUAAAUGUGUGGCUAACAACCAAUUUUUUAUAAACGACAUAAGAAUUAAUGUAAAUAGGUUGACGAUCGAUUUAUAUGCUUAUAUUUUCUUCUGUGCUAAAUUCUGCAACAGAUUCUAAAUCGAGCGAAAACUUAAGAACUAUUUUGUUGAAAAUGUAAUUUAUUUUAAUCAUUAAUAUUUGUCUUAUUACCUUAAUUGUCCUUGAUAUGAAAUAUGAACUGAAAUAACAAUAAAAAGGUUUAUUGCUCAACCUGAUCUAAACUGUAACUUUGAAAAAUCAUGGUAUAAAAUUUGCAAAUCAUGCUGAGUGAACUUUACACAAACGAAUAAAGGUAAUAGGAUACUAAGGAAUCUCCAAAGAAAAGAAAGCUUAGAUGAUGAAUCAUAUUAAUUCAGUAUUUGAUUUAUGUUUCUCAUUAAGCCAUAAAGGCGCGUACAGAAAAAGGUUGAAUCAAACUCCGAUCAAAACGAAUCAUACUCAAUCAGUCAAUCAGUAUCAUAAAUCAUCCAGAUGCAUAAAGUCAAUAUGAAGUGUUCAACUUUUCACAUAUUAUCAAAUUAUCAAACUAUUAUCACCAAUGGCUGGUAACUAUACUUCAGCCAUUCCGCGGUAAUUUUCAUAUGAUUUUAAGUCUAAGAAUUUGUGUGCGAGGGUAGCUGUUUAAACAUGUAUGUACAAGAAAUACAAAAUAUUAUUAAAUAGGAACUCUUACUAAGUUAUACAGAUCGUAAUAGUCGACCAUUAAUAAUCUAUAUCACUGCAAUAGCACUUAUGACAAAUCCAUUUUUAAGCGAAAGGGCAUUAAUAACAUGUUUGCCAGGCUUGAGGUUCGUGGAGACAAUUUCCAUCAAAGUCCCCAUAUGGUAGUCAUCCGUGCUAAUGCAUAUUGGAGUCUGAUUGUCCACCCAAACCUGCGCAGAACCACUAUCUGCGUGUGAAACGACAACAAGACGCGAGAAAGCGCGAGGCAGGUAAAUUGCAAAUUGAAUCAAUUGUUCAGCUACAUCAGUCUUCAUGCCGCAUAGUUUAUCUGCCCUGAUUUUAAAUUGCUUGUAUAUAUUGUACCUGAAAUUGUCUUGACGUGUAACUCGCGCUGUCAGAGUGUUAUUUGGUUCAUACGAGUUAUGUCUCAUAUAUGUAAAGCAAAGUGGCUUCUCAGUUAAUGUUUCCUGGUACAAAACUCCAGGAAUAUUGUAAAAUUCAAAGUUAAGUACUCUGGAAAGAUUUUCUGCAUUGGUUGCCUGUCCCGCGGGGCCUCGAAGGGCUCGCAGAAAAGCAUUGCGUAGGUAAUUGAUGACGAUAAAUGCCAUCUGAGCGUGUCCUAAGAUACUAGGGUGAAAGCAGUCAGUAGAAAAGGCUUUUUCUUUUCCAAACUGGACCGAGUUUUGCUUGAUAUAAUCACAAAUAAAAUCUCGCCAGCUCAGUGAUGUAACGUUAUAAUGAACAGCCACAUCGAGGCCACCCUCGUCUUCGUAGUUGUUACAGUAGCCUUGAGCGAUAUCUGCACCUCUGAAAAAGUUGAUGAAUAGCAAACCGGGCCUAGAGAAACGCUGCAAAAUGUUUCUAGUCAAUUGCUCGAAAGGACAGCCAGGAGGGAAUGGUUUGUCUUUAUAGCGACCUUUGUCAUUGGCUGAGAGUUCCCAAAUGAUAAGUUCAGGCGAAAAUUGUUGGUUCAAAUGAGGAUCGAGACAAUAAGCGAAAUAGUCCGAUCCGACGCCACCAAGAGCGAUGUUUUGAGGCUCAAGCUUGGAUCCUGUAAUAUCUUCAAAAAUGGUAUUCCACCAGUUUGCAACUGCGUUAAAGUAAAUUCGGUGGCCUAGUCCAUUUUCUGCAAAAGGUGCACCACGAGAUAUAGAUCCUCCUAUAAUUGGCAUCCAGACCUUUUCCCCCUUCAAGGCAUUGAGCAACAAUCUUCUAAGCCGAACUUCAUCACCUAGGUUGGCGACAGACCUCUGAAUAAGUCGCGGAGUCGCCCCGAUCGAACUUGGGCUGAAGUAAAGAUCUUUAUACGACCAAAAGCUGGUGAAGUCUCUUGUCAAAAAAUCUUUCAGAUAGCUUAUCUUGUUCUGAAAAGAGAGCCGAGGAGAUCCUGUUUGUGCAACCGUGUAUCUGAGAAGCACCAUUUGGAUAAGCCAGAACAGAUGAUAUCCACAUGAUGCCAUCUUGCUAUUAAACCCAGUAAAGCGGUAGGUCGGGCAAAAUGGUUAUACGAAAAUACCUUGAAAAACUCGCAUUUACUUUAAAGUUUCUUAUUUACAUGUCAAUCGAAUUUCCAUAAGGUGAAAACCAGUGAGUUGCAGCUGCAGUAUCCCAUUGCAUUCUGUUUGAAACAAACAACCUGUCAGCCGGGUUCUGGAGCAAAGACGUGGUCACGGAUGAAGGAUUUCAUGCUCCACCACGCGCAAGUGCCUUUCUUGCCAUGGCAACCGUAUGUGCAUCGUUUAACCACGUGAAUAAUAAUCUCUAGGGUGAACGAGCUUAGCUCUCCUUGGACUUGCUGCAAGUCUCUCUCUUUAAAGAAAGGGAAAAAAUAAAAAAUGGGAGGGAACGAGAGAGACUUGUAGCAAGUCCAAGCUCUCCUUACAGCAUGACGAAUGUGGAAUAACGAUUCUACAACUUUCCCAGACUUGCUAAGUUACUGGGCUCUCUCUUUUCCAAUUGAACUUCCCAAAGCCACUCUUCAACUGUCACAUAACUUGCUUAUAUCUAAUUUGAUUUUCCAAUUGUUCUCAAUAUUACGUUCACCUUCUAUAGUAAACCAUUUGUUUUUUUGGGAUUUCUGUUUCCACUACUUCUUCGUGCUACAAAAAACUGGUUCUUUCUCUUUCCAAUUUUCACUAAAAACCCUCUUGAAGAAAAUUAUAUCUAACGUUUACUACAGAAUUUAAGUUUUUCAGGAACUUACAUCGCCUUGAAAAAGCAGCUGGCGUGCAAACUGUAAAAAUUAUUUGCGAUAGUUGAAAGCACCCUCCAGAAGAUAUGUCAUUAUAAAUCUGUGUCAUGAUAAAAUUGAUUUGCUGCAAAAAAAUGUGCCAAAAACACAUUUUUACUUGAUGAAAACAUGCUAGAUAUCUCCUAGAUUUCCCAUUUAUUAAUCCGAUAACUUUUCUUAACCGUUCAUAUCUUGUUUUAGUGUUUUUAUUAAGAAUUCUAGGAUAUCACUCUAGAUGCACAAUUGAUAGGUUAACCCUAUCGCACUACUAGCCAAAAUACGUCUGUUUUUACAAAUUUGAGUGCUACCAUAAGGUUUAUAUCUUAUCUUAUCAAUAAACGUUGUCUGGUCACCACAUAACUUCUUUCCUCAUUCACAAAGUGUAAAAUAGCUUAAUUUUCACAAAUCUUUGCUAACCGAUAGCUUGAUGCUUUCGUAACGUUGUGAUGAUCAAUUCACAGAUAUCAAAUUACAGGUGAACAGCUAGCUGACAGGCCAAUCAAUACUACUUUGCUAGAAAUUGUAACGAAAGCUCUGCCUUUGGCAUGACGCACUUGCGCAUAUGACACAAGACGGUAUGAUAAGAUGAAUAUUGAAACAACAAAACUGCCUCCUAAUCAAAUGAGGGGAAGCAUCGAAGGAGGCGAACCUUAACGAGGCUGCAAAAGAGCCUAGAAAAACAUCAUGACAUCACCAGGCACUGUCUCCUUCACAGCAAUUUCAUUAUUGCGAUGAUUCAUAAAAAAGCUUGCUUUCUAUCAAGUCAGCAACAACCAAACUAACAAUGAUACUUAACGGUUGGUUACUAGCCCGCUCCGAAAGAAACAUGUGAAGGAAUUUAAAGGACAACAAACAACAUAUUUUAAUCGGGAUUUGAUCCUUCAAAAUCAUAAUAUUACUGCUUCUUGCACCCAGACCUCCCCCACCCUUCCUCCCACCCUAAAAUGAGCACAUGGAAAUUUCUGGGAUAAAAAGGCUUCGCAGAUCAGCAUUACAUUAUCCAGAGCACACAGCCAAUCAAAUAUUUAAGUCAAGGUACCAUGAAACAAUAAUAAAUUAUGAUGAGGUCUUACGUUACUUCCAGGGCAAGUUUCCAGUCAGUAAACACAGACAUGGAAGUGAUAAGACUUACUCGAACAAUCAAAAUGUUCUUUGAAAAACAGUAAACGUGUGCAGGUACUUGUGUCUGCUGUUGCCAUUGCUUCUCGACCCGUAGGACUUUGAAGAUCACACGCUCGACUUAACACAACCGUCGCACAACAGCAAAGAGAAGUUAUCUUUUAUACUUAAUGUUUACAAGCCGCCGCUUAAAUGAUAUCAAAAUUUGAAGCAGUAGCCUGACUCAACAGGAGUUUGGUUGACAGAUACUCGUGUUUUAUAAUAUUGUUUGAUACAAAUGGGUGUUUUAGCAGAAUCGCCACUUAAAACUGGUUUUUUGGCUUCCAAUCUGGCUUAGGCCGCACAACCCGUUGAAGCGUGUGGGUUUACCUGUUGCAGAAAUUCGAAUCAUUUCAAAUUCAUUGACAAUAUUAUUGAAAACUGUUAGGCUAGUUUUGGCAAAAAGGACAUCAAAUCACGCGGUAUACACAGUAAUGAAAAGUCUGUAGCGGAAAAGAAACCACGGAAAUUCAAUUGCAGAAAUAGUCCAAAAAUGAAUACCUAUCUUGCUCAAGUGCUAGCACUUACAUUGUGCGUCGAUUUCAUCAGUACCUUAUACACAAUGAAACAUCCACUGUCAUUCGACGACAGGUUUCGUUGCAUCCAGAACAUGCGACCGUUUUGGAGCCAUAUCUGGAUGUUCAACUAACUGCAACACCGGAACAGAAGACGUUGAAGACGGUGGUGUAUGCGGAUCACGACGAUGUUGCAGGACGAACUGUGCAGGACCACGAACAUUUUGCAUUGGAAUUCGACAGUCGUGUGAGAGCACCGGUGAAGGCUUCGAUGAGGUCGAUGGCACAUGCCCAGACGACGACAACUUCAUUUGCUGUGCCCCAAGAGACGCAGCGCCGGUAGCACAAGGGCCAGCGCCUUAUCCACAAUACGAGACAACACCCCCUCCACUCCCAGUUCAAUACACUACUACUCCAGCACCACCUCCUCCAGCUCCCGAAACUCCACCACCACCACCGCCGGCCCCAGAAACCACCCCAAGCCCACCGGAAACGGAAGCACCAAACCCGGAGCCAGACAAUCCUCCAAAACAGCCCCCAACCCCACCUAAACAGCCUCCUACGCCAGCCCCACCACCAACUCAAGAUGAUCAGGAAAACCCUAGCCAGGCUCAAACGCCACCCGGAAAAUCAACAAAAUAUCACAAAAGCAAGAAAGAAAAGAGAAAAGGAAAGAAAAAGAACAUGAAGAAAGCAAAGAAGGCAAAGGUUGGGAAGGGAAAGAAGAAAAGCGGCUGAACUAAUUCUCAGAACACAAGAUACUUUACACAAACGCCAUUUGUAAAUUUGCUUUUCUAAUACUUUCCUUCUUUGACGCAUACAAAAGAUUAUGGCCCCGUUUAAACAAGAGUAAAAUGUACAGAUCCAAAUAAGUCGGUACUUUUUGGGUACAACUAUGUUACAUUGACACGGGAACCGAUCCUAUUUUGUGACAUUGUUUGGUGCAUGCGCAAAUAGCAUACUAAAUUUUGACGCGCAAGUGCAAAGCGUAGGUAGAAGCUACUUUGCAAUGAUGGUAAGAAUAUAAUUACCGUUCAAGCAAGCUCCAAAAUAUUUCAUUUAUCCUGAUUUGAAUUACAUUUUGUGAGAUUUGCUGUCAGCUUUAAAUUUACAGAACAAAAGUGCCACAUUGAGAAUGCUUCUUAAUGUCAAAUAAUAUGCCUCGUUUUCGUUGAACUAUCGUGUCCAUCUGAUCCAUUCCCAAUUAUUAUACGGCGCACUUAGGGGUACAGAUCCAAGCGAACCCUUGUAAAUGCAGAGGCUUGUGUCGUCUGUUGGAUCCGUUCCUGUGCAAGCGGGCCUACAUUGUUUCGGGAGGAAGCCUGCGCGGGCUCGGCCCCGCGAUUUAAUAACGACAUCGACCUUGUGCAGCUGUUCACCCAAUGCCGUUGAAAUGUAAAGUAAAUUCAUACAUACAUAUAUAUAUAAAUAAAUGUAUUUUUAAAAUUACAUGUUAUUGGAAUAUUGGUUCUUCAGCGGUAAUCAUUACACAGAUGAUAGCUCAAAAAAGCAAAUAAAUAAUA